AUGGGUCCAUUUGAGGCUCUUUAUGGGAGGAGAUACCGAUCUCCUAUAGGAUGGUUUGAUGCCUUUCAGGUAAGGCUGUGGGGUUCUGAUCUUUUGAGGGAAUCGUUAGAUAAGGUUAAGGUGAUUCAAGAUAAGCUUUUAGCGGCUCAGAGUAGACAGAAGGAGUAUGCAGAUCGAAAGGUUCGAGAUUUUGAGUUCAUGGUUGGGGAGCAGGAUUCAAUCUUGCUAGAUGAGAGUUUGUCUUAUGAGGAGGAGCCUAUUGCCAUUUUAGAUAGAGAGGUUUGUAAGUUAAGGUCUAAAGAGAUAGCAUCAGUAAAGGUUCAGUGGAAGAGUCGUACAGUUGAGAAGGCCACUUGGGAGACCGAGUCCGACAUGCGUAAUAAGUAUACCCAGCUUUUCACCCAGUCAGGGCCUCGGACUGAUAUAGGGAUUUUGAGAAGACUUGGUGAAAAACCAUAA